CCAUUGCGCCCUAAGCGCUCGCGGCUUCCCUACCCCGGCGCGGGGAACGGGCCGGCGCCGUCGCUGCGCGGCUGCGGGCUCCGGCCUGGCCGUGGGAUGUUAGCGGUGGGGGCGAUGGAGGGCACCCGGCAGAGCGCUUUCCUGCUCAGCAGCCCGCCCCUGGCCGCCCUGCACAGCAUGGCCGAGAUGAAGACCCCUCUGUACCCCGCCGCGUACCCCCCGCUGCCUGCGGGCCCCCCUUCCUCCUCCUCCUCCUCUUCCUCGUCCUCAUCGCCCUCCCCGCCUUUGGGUGCCCACAAUCCAGGUGGCCUGAAGCCCCCGGCCGCGGGGGGACUGUCGUCCCUGGGCAGCCCCCCGCAACAGCUCUCGGCCGCCACCCCGCACGGCAUCAACGACAUCUUGAGCCGGCCCUCCAUGCCCGUGGCUUCGGGGGCCGCCCUGCCUUCCGCCUCGCCCUCCGGCUCCUCUUCCUCUUCUUCCUCGUCCGCCUCUGCCUCCUCGGCCUCGGCUGCCGCCGCCGCCGCCGCGGCCGCAGCAGCGGCCGCUGCCUCCUCGCCAGCUGGGCUGCUGGCUGGCCUGCCCCGCUUCAGCAGCCUGAGCCCUCCGCCGCCGCCGCCGGGGCUCUACUUUAGCCCCAGCGCCGCCGCUGUGGCCGCGGUGGGCAGGUACCCCAAACCACUGGCCGAGCUGCCGGGCCGGACGCCCAUCUUCUGGCCGGGAGUGAUGCAGAGCCCACCCUGGAGGGACGCGCGCCUGGCCUGUACCCCUCAUCAAGGAUCCAUUUUGUUGGACAAAGACGGGAAGAGAAAACACACGAGACCCACGUUCUCGGGCCAACAGAUCUUUGCGCUAGAGAAGACUUUCGAACAAACGAAAUACUUGGCUGGGCCCGAGAGAGCUCGGUUGGCCUAUUCGCUGGGGAUGACAGAGAGUCAGGUCAAGGUCUGGUUCCAGAACCGCCGGACCAAAUGGAGAAAGAAGCACGCGGCCGAGAUGGCCACGGCCAAGAAGAAGCAAGACUCGGAGACCGAGCGGCUCAAGGGGACCUCGGAAAACGAGGAGGAGGACGACGACUACAACAAGCCCCUGGAUCCCAACUCGGACGACGAGAAGAUCACGCAGCUGCUAAAGAAACACAAGUCCAGCGGCGGCGGCGGCGGCGGCCUCCUGCUGCAUGCGUCUGAGACCGAGGGCUCGUCCUGAGCGCGCGCCCCGCCGGCGAUCGCG